CAUUGACAUAGUUGGUGUCAAAUUGUUGUGACUGUCACCGUCACCUUUUGUAUUCCGUCAUUUGUCAUAAUAAAAUGGUUUUACGGAUAAUGUAACUGCGUUUUUAAGCUAGAUAAUUUAAAUAGAAAAAGAAUUAAAAUUAACUUUACAUCAACUACAAGAAAUUCUCUACUCGCAGCUGUAAUGCUGAGGAUAAUUAAUGAACAACAUUGCAUAGAUUUGUAAAUGUCCGUGUCAUUGUGUGUUUUGCGUAUUGAAAUCGACGAAGAUCUACCCGAAAUGGGUGAUAAUUCAUCAGAAGCAGAGGGAGCUAAAGAACAAAAGAAAAAAGACCGUGGUGCUAGAGAAAGUAAGACAAUAACUGUAGAAACAUAUGCCAGUGUGCUGGUUGGGUCUAACACUGACACUGGAAUCCUGCCAACGAGCUCACGAAGAUCACCACCGGAAGACAGUGUCUGUGAUGAUGAGGAGACAAUUAAUUUCUUCUGCGGUAAUCCAUUAGUUGAAGUGACUAAAGGAGUUCUCCAUUUGUAUAAAGAAAAUGAAUUGAAAGAGGCCGAAGAGGCAAAGACACUCUGUUUACUGUCAGUACCAGGGGCAUUGGGAGCACCAGAUCUGCUAGCAUUUGCUGCAGCCUGUCAGCAAGAUAUCGCACAUGUUAGGGUCCUUAGAGACGGCUCACUUGACCACUAUAUGGCUUUACUUACGUAAGU